AUGAUAUCCAGAUCAUCCAUGGUUUUCUGUUUUGUUUUCCUUGUGGCGUUGUGCUUGGUGCACAUAGCGGAAGCUGAUUGCAGACGCAUUGGCCACGGUUGCUUUGGUGCUGAGGCAGCUGUUUUUCUGAGACAAAACAGAAAGGUGCUCGCCAAGGAGAAGGUGGAAGUUGUUGUUGCUAAGGGUGUGAAGCUGCAUGAACAAGCAGCUGCAAGUGCUGGCAAUUUUGCUGAUAAUGGAAAGCAUAACUUGGUUGGGUGGGAGUUAAGGAAGGUUCCUUCUGGUCCUGAUCCACUGCACCACAAUGGAAAUAGCCCCAAAAAGCCUAGAAAUGAUCCAUAA